AUGGACGAUUUUAAUAGCGAAACUGAUAGCGAUUAUACUAGUUACUGGAGAGAUUGGGUGAAUGGAACCACGGCUCUCGAAGAUAAUCUUCUGCGAUUUCGUUUUCCAAACUACCAUCUCACUUAUCAUUGUGAAAGUGGAAAUAUUAUCUCUUCUCGACUACGCAUGAUGAUCUUUGGUUCGUUUGAUGCGGGUGGUCGUCACGUCCUGGAAUCUACGCCAUCACCAGGUCCUCCGCCAACUCUGUUACCCAGACGGGGUAAGAAAGGCAAGAGAGAUAAGAGAGGCAAGAAACGUCGAGCUUCAGAAGUAGAGGAUCUUGAGGCUCAAGGACGCGAAUCAGUUGGCUGUUUCUAUUCCAAGGCAAAUAUCAAAGCAAUGGAUAACCUUCUUGAUCUUUUGCCAGCGAUUUCUGAACGUGCCCUUCACGCAACAGCGCUAGUUGACCAUGCCCUGGAGACUUUAGAGCGCGGCGAUGUAUCAAAUUGCAGUAUCCUCGAAAACGAUGCCAGCUCUUUUGCCACGUACAUGCCUUUCAAACAUUUUAUUUCAUCUCGCGGUAAUGAGUACUUUUGCGAAAUUGACGAAGACUAUCUCACCGAUCGAUUCAACCUUACAGGACUUCAAACCGAGGUUCAAUACUAUCAAUAUGCGUUGGAUUUAGUUACGGAUGUCUUUGAUUUGGAUUGUGAUGAUGAUAUGAGAGAGACUAUUGAGAAGUCGGCAAGACAUUUAUAUGGUUUAGUCCAUGCUCGUUAUAUCGUCACUACUAGAGGAUUGGCCAAAAUGCUUGAAAAAUACAAGAAAGCCGACUUUGGAAAAUGUCCUCGAGUUAUGUGUAAAUCGCAUCCACUUCUUCCAAUGGGUCAAAGCGACAAUCCAAAUGUCAAAGCUGUUAAACUUUACUGCUCUCGUUGCGAAGAUAUCUAUAAUCCUAAAUCCUCUCGACAUUCCGCAAUUGAUGGCGCAUAUUUCGGGACUUCAUUUCAUAAUAUUUUAUUUCAGGUUUACCCAGCGAUGAUCCCGGCGAAAAGUUUCGAUCGAUAUGUACCACGAAUUUAUGGAUUUAAGGUUCAUGCGCCUGCGACUUUGAUUAGAUGGCAAAAUGGAGAGAGGGAUGAGAUGAGAAGACGAUUGAGGAAGUUGGACAUUGAUAGCGGAUUUAAGGAUGAGGAUGGUGAGGAAGUAGAUGACAGUGAGGAGGAAGAAGAGGAAGAGGAAGAACUUGAUGCACUGGAAAAGACUUUGGAGAAUGGACAAGCUGAUGGAGAUGUUAGGGUAGGAGCUUAG